AUGAGUAGUAACCCAAUAUUUUGGCACUCUAAACAAAAUUGCCCCGUGGUCUACGUGGCCGGAAUAUUCUUCCGGCACAAAGCGACCUACGGAAUCGUUUAUAGAGAAGGUGCCUGAAUCAUAGCUUUUAGUAUUUGAAAAUCGUUUCCGCUUUCAGAGGAUGCCCGAAACGAAUCCGGUUCCGUGUCCGGACAGCAAAAUGAACUGCGUGCAGAGCUCACCGGUCUCAAGAGAAUUCUGGAACAGGUGAUUGAAACCAAAUUUCCGUAGGGAAUAUAAGUUUUUCAGGCGAUUUCUCAUAAAAUUGCUAGUUUGGUGAUUCGCGCGAAGCCAGAUGGAGUUUACGCUGAAUUGGAUAGAUGGGAGAAUGCGGACUCGAGAGAAAAAAACGCGAUUUCCACAAUUCCGAUCUUCUCACGAAAAAUCCACGAACUCUGUCAUGAAGCGAAAGAUUAUGUAGAUUAGGCGUGUUUGUUGAAAAAUGUAAUUUUCUACAAUUUACAGUUGUACUGGCUGGAAGAGAUUGCGACAGCUUCAAGUUGUCAAACAGAAGGAUACCACAAAGCUGCCACGUUGGCCACUCGAAGAGGGUUCAAGUUCGACAAAGUGCACACAGUUGCCAUAUGUGGAGCGUGCGCUAGGGAAGGACAAGACAAUCCACGUGCCACUUAUGGAAUUUACUGGGGCGACGGCGACAUACGCAACAAAAGCGGUCAGGUCGGUGGAAAACAGACGAGUUUGCGAGGCGAGGUGACGGCGCUGAUUGCGGCGACGCGGAUGUCGCGAGGAUUGACUCGAAUUCAAGUGCUCACACGCUCGCCGCACGUCGCCAUGCUAAUCAAUUCACGGGGUGAUGAUGCCGCCGAGCAGAACAACAAAAAUCGGGAAAAAUUACUUCCGAUCUAGAUUCCGAAUGGCGUAGUCUGGCCAAUGAGGUGCUAGAAAUUACUGUGAAGCUGUUCCCAUCGAAAAACGGAAUGUGAGGAGCUGUGUAAAGCAAAAACACUUGCCAAAGAUGCGUGUCCUAUCGAGAAGAAGAAGCCAAUCGAAGAGCAGAAGCCAGUCUUGAUGCCUCCUCCUGAUACAGACGAUGAAGACGUAAAAAAGAUUCUGAUCCCAAUGGCCGUAAACUGAUUUUCAGAUCAUUGAGCUGGUUAUAAGGCCGCCCAAAUUCUUCAAGAAGUCGCAAAAUAAAGAGGCAUCGAUGAUGAGCUCAAUCUACGAAAAAUUAGACAAUCUGAUGUUGUACAACGAGGAUCAGGUUUGUGAACAUAAAUGGGGGUCUAGGGGAAAUGUUCACAUUCAGAAGAGCAAAGGGAACGCUGGGGCCUCAAAAAAACCGACGUUUGAAAAUCAGCGAUCCUGCGUUCGGACACCUCAGAAAAGAAUAAAAGUAUAUGCGCACGAGGUUUCAAAAUCAAACAUUUUAAUUUUUCAAAAUUUUAUAAUGGUUUCAGCGCAUGCGAGUGACCGGCUACCAGCAAGCGUCCAGCGACAUGAAGGUCAACGUUUGGCCAUAA